AAGCAAACGAGAGGAGAAAGUGGAAGCAAGUGAAUGUCAGUGAAAAAAGGCAGUCUGACUGCACAGAAAAGGCACUCUGCAAACAGCGCGCACUCAUUGAGUCAGUUAUAUUCUGAACACGGAGAGCUGGUGUAUUUAAGCUCAAGAAAACAGUUUUCAGUGCAGAGAGACAGCACAGAGACAGACAGAAACAGAGGAAGUGGUGACAAGAGAAGAGUGGAGAGGUUCUUCGUGGAGAGAUGGACUCAGAUUCUGGGGAUCAGAGUGAAGGAGAGAUCUCUCCAGGGCAAGAGAGCUUCAACUCCAAGAGUUUAGCCCUUCAGGCCCAAAAGAAGAUCUUAAGUAAAAUGGCCACCAUGGCCGUGGCAAACCUUCUCACGGACGAUACCAGCAGCGAGAUUCUGGACGAACUCUACAAGGCCAGUCGUGAAUAUACCAAGAGCAAGAAAAAAGCCCACAAGAUCAUCAAAGAUGUCAUCAAGAUCGCCCUGAAGAUUGGCAUUCUCUAUCGAAACCACCAAUUCAGUCCUGACGAGAUGGAGACCGUCGAACGCUUCAAAAAGAAGAUGAACCAGGCGGCCAUGACAGUGGUGAGCUUUUACGAGGUGGAGUACACAUUCGACCGUGGCAUCCUUUCUGAGCUGCUGAUGGAAUGUAGGGACCUUCUCCAUGAGCUGGUGGAGCAGCACUUGACCAUGCGCUCCCACGCGCGGAUCGACCACGUUUUCAACCAUUUCGCAGAUGUGGAUUUCCUGACCGAGCUGUACGGCCCGUCUGAAGAGUACAGACUUAACCUGAGGAAGAUCUGUGAUGGGAUAAACAAAUUCCUAGAUGAGGGCACACUUUAACCUCCAGUUCACAAUUAGUCGGAUGAGACUCCAUCAGGCUACUGGGAACUGAACUGCAGGAUUUUACGCAACUUGUGUUCUUUGGUUUUUGUUUGAAAUUCAGGCAGUCAUGAUAGCUUGAUGAUGUGAUUGUUGCCCAACCUGUAGGGAUCAGAGUAUGUGAGCAGAGUGGAGCGGCAACAAUUUCUUCUCCGCGCUCCUAGCAUUCAAUAAUCACUCCUCUCCAGCUCCGUUUUGGGUUCACCAUUUCCAGCUCGUCGCUCAACUGAUCAGAAACACCGCUCCGCCUUCGCUCCAUGAUGAAAUUGGUGGCUAAAAUACUUCAGAAGCCUAUGUUUUGAAAUAUUAAAGUUCUGUUCAGACCUUAUAUUAAAUGAAUAAUAAAUACACAAUACUAGAAGAAUAGAUUUAUUGUGGUUUAUUGAAACACUACAAUUAGCCGAAGUCUAUAUUAAAUGACUGUUUAACUCACUUGUCUGUGCAGCGUCUUUCUACUCAGGCGAAGCUGAUGUUUGUAGUUACUUCAGAAACAGAAAGAAUAUGUUGUAACUUUUACGUUUUUAAGCUGAUAAAUCACAGGACAGCGUUGACAAUACUUUUCUGCACUCCUGAAUGUUUAUAUGUGCUCACGAUCUGUACGUUAUGUGCGAGCUUGUGUGUUGUGUGUGCAUAAUCAACAAUGUAGCAGCACAUUAGUUUAGAGCGGAGAUUAACUACCUGUACAAUAAAAUGUUUAAAACGUAAAUUCACCCAAUCAAUAUUGAGUGCCCAUCAUGCUACAAACAAACAUGCCUGAGAUAUAACCUCCCGCACUCGUCCAUCGCUGUCAUUAUAACCUUCACCUUCUUUCUGAUUUGAGUGAUAAACAUACA